GUUGUUUGAGAAAUUAUGGACGUAAUGAUCUGGACGGAGGUGGGAUGAUCGUCGAGAAGGAGGUGUGGUUCUCGAAUAGGCGUGCCAAGUGGCGCCGGGAGGAGAAAUUACGGUCCCAGAAGCGUUUGAUCAAUCAAGUCGGAUCCAAUGGGUCCCAACCGGGAAUGGCCUCAACGAUAUGUUCACCAUCGGCAACGAAAAUCUACAACUCGGAGUAUGACAAUCCCUAUGCAGCUGCAGCCGCCGCAUCCCAACCUACGACGGAUUGUUACAGUUCAAUAUCCAAUUCAGUCGGGCUUAUGUCGGGGCAACCCCCACGUGACAAUUACCAAUAUCUUCUAUCCGAUUCAUUGCACUCCCUUAGCAUGCCUUAUUCAUUUCACCACCGUUUACCCUGUAGUUCUCCGUCCAGCGUUCAACCAAUGGAUCUCAAUACUCAUUCGGCCGCUUCGGCGGCUGCUGCAGCUGCUGCUGCUUCCGCGUACAGCCAAUCGAUAAGCAUGACAGACCUUUCACAAAUGACUCCGUCGAGUGCGGCGGCGGUGGCAGCAGCUGGUCUACCGCCGCCGCCGCGACAUCUUCCAAUAAUCACGAGUUCAAUUGCUUCCAAUCCGGGGUCGGGUAGCAAUGAGAUUGAAUCUUCUGGACCUGGAGGUGGUGGCGGGCAUUACAUUACACGGCUAGAAUAGUCACUAAGUCAGCCGCUGUCGUUGACUCAUCACCAUCAUCAUCAACAGCAGCAGCAGCCACCUCCUUCACAGUCCAACAUCCAGCAACCGCCCCCACAGGCGGAUCAUCAUUCCCUAGCGCCAAUAGAACUCACCAGUACCGCACAACAGCAGCAACAGCAGCAGCAGCAACAGCAGCAACAGCAGCAACAGCAGCAGCAGCAGCAACAGCAACAGCCGCCGAGUGACAUGGAAGGAUGAUGAGACUGAAGUUGAUCUUUUGAGAUUUGAGUACUAACGGCGAGCGGCUGACUUCGAAUAUUGAACAAAAUUCCCAAAAGCCCUCGACUGACGGUUGUUUCAUGAAAUGUGAUAUUGUAAUACGUUAAUUAGCACACAUUUUAAUCAAAAAAAAACAUGAUUACCCGGUAGCAGAUGUGUAGUUUUUUUCGGAUUGUAAAUCCGAGUAACAAUAUGUAGUAGCAUUCAAAAUGUAUGGUUUUUAUGCGCAAGUUAUAGCUAGACCCAGAGUUAGGAGGUUUUGAACAGGAAACACGAAUCUAGUUGUAGGAUUAUUUAUAGCAUGAUAGAAUAGAAUUGAGAUGAAAGGAAGUAUGCGAUUCUGAUACAGCUGCAUGCGCUGCCUAACAAGCAAAGAAAUGGAGAAACGACAAAACUAAUAAUCAAACCAUGUGUAUGUACUUAAGCAAAACAUGAACAAAAAAAAAUGAAAUCAGAGUUCAUUCUAUCAAGCAAAAUGUGUUGAAAAGUAAUGUGAACGAGAAAUCGAAUUUUGACAAAUAAAUAUUUGCCAACCGCGAAAGCGCGAGAAAAAUGUGAUUCAUUACC